GGGCCGCUGAUAGACCAAGACGGUCCAGGGAGUGUGUUUUACCUCAUCAGGUUGAGGGAGAAGAAAAAGCGAGUUCAGGCUAAAAGAGGAGAACGUUUGGACAGGCAUUUGUCUCUGGCGUCACAAAGCCCCAUGUCCGGAUUGCAUCAAGGUUUCGACAUUACGGAGACACAGAACGUGGAGCUGCGAUCGCUAGAGGACAGGAUGAGGCAGUGGUUGGAAGUGGACAACCCUAAAGGAAAACCUCAAAUAGCACAACUGAGGAGACUACAGGACUUAGAAAUGCAACCCAGGCCGGGUAACAGAGUGGUCGUGAGAAGAAAAAUAAGGCGGCGACAGGAAGAUAUCCACUUGUCGCCACCGACUUCAUCAAUGGAAUUAGAUUCAGAAAUUACAGAAGAGGCUCGGCUUGCUGCGUACAAGAUUUUAUUAACAUACUAA